UAUUUAGUCAAAAAUCAAAAGUAUGGCGGCGAGUGUUGUUUUGGGAAUCUGGGAUUCUUCUCAUUAUAAAAGUUAUAAAAUAGAAAACGUCGAUUUGGAUAACAAAGUCGUGCUCCUCAAGAAUGAAGCAAAAAAAUUAAACCCAACCAAAGUGCCAUUUGAUUUGGUCUAUUGCGGCCUUGUUUUGGAAGAAGAGCACACCUUGUCUUCUUAUGGCGUGAAGCCGGGGGUGACCAUACACGUAGUAAAAAAGAAUGUACCCCCUAGUGUCCCCAGGGGACGUGCUUUGACUGAAACUGAAGUCCAGCAACUUGUAGUCGCAUUUAGGGCUUUUACUUUAUCGUCCGGAUACCGCGCUGCGUUACAAAGAUUGUCGCGUCCUGAGGUGUUGGAGACGAUAAUAGCUGCAACUCCAGGCCUUGCUGAAGACCCUGCUGCCAUUGCAAUUAUCCAAGACCCCGAACUAAUAGUCCAUAUGGCAGACCCUGAUACUGUUAGGAGAGUAGCUGAUAAACAUCCUUCUUUGAUUGAAGCAGCAAAUUAUAUUGCUGCUCAUAUUCAUGAAGAACAAGCAAAUGUUGACUCUUCUCAAGCUGGGACAAGCACUGGUUACUCUUACUCCCUUGAAGCAUUGUCAGAUGAUGAAGAAAUGGAUACUUCUAUCAGAGAACCACAUCCUUUAACUAGAAAUACUAGUUAUAAUGCUAUAACAGCAGCACAAUUAGCUGCAGCUAUAGCCAAUGCUACCAACACUGCUUUUAACACAAACAGUGCUGGAAUGCCUUCAACACCAAGCUCGUCAAAUGUUAUCACAAAUGAGAUGUUUAGUAAUGCUAUUCAACAGGCGGUAGGGUCUUUGGGAGGUCUAGGGACUACCAACACGCCAAAUAGAGGGGAAGAAGAGAGUUUGGAGAGUAUCACAAGAAGGUUGCAACCACAAUUGCAACAAAUGCACGAAAUUGGUUUAAGAAACGAUGCUGUUAAUAUUAGGGCACUCCAGGCUACCUCUGGGAACGUUGAAGCGGCUAUUGAUUUAGUCUUCAAUGGUGCUAUUGAUUAAAUUAUUAAUAAUUUAUAUUUAUUUGUAUAAAAUAAAAAGUGUUCCUCAAAUCAG